GCCACGAUCAACCUCCUGACGUCGCUCAACGGACCGGUUUGGAAGCAAGUAGAGCACCUGGCGGAGACGGCCCCCGACGAUGACAAUGGCUUCAACAUUGUGUUGCAGGAGCUGGACAGGGUGUACCAGUAUGACAGCAGGGUCGAGAUGCCGAAGGCUUUUGAGCGCUUCUUCUAUGGCGCCGACCGGCCAUACGGCCAGACCCUCAUCCAGUACUGCUCCGAGCACAGGGAAGCCGCACGGGAGCUGGAGCGCCACGACGUCAAGCUCCCGGAUCCUGUUGGAGGAUGGCUGCUGUUGAGGAGGGCAGCCCUCACAGCUGAGCAGAGGCAACUUGUGAUGAGCCAAGUCGACAACAAGAAGAACACGGUCGAGCAGGCGUUGUUCUACCUGUUCGGCCAGGACUACCGAACGAGCCGUACAGAGCCACGGCCUAGACGAGGACCUCAGUACUACGAGCCGGAGUACCACGACGACCCCCCGGAGGCCCAGUACUAUGAGGAGGAGGCGGACCCCUACGAUGAGGAAGAAGGCGACGAGGUAGUGGAAGAAGCCUGCGCGGCCUACCUGGACGCCAGACGGAGGUUCACAAGUCAAGGCUGGGCGUGGAUACUACCCGGUGGUGGCAAUGGUGGACCCAGCCCGGCCACAACUGCCGGUGGUUGCGACCUGCGGAAAAGGAAAGCCCACGGGCAGUGCCAAAGGCAAGACAGGAGGGGCCACGUGGACAAGUGCCUUUGUCUAAGGGAGCAGCACGAGCAGACUUUACGCGUUGCCUUCGUUGUGGACAAGUCGGACAUUUGGGCCUCUCCGUGCCCGAAGCCCCCAGCAUCGCAGCCUGGAUCGGCACCCUGCUCCCCGAACAAGAGACCAAAGCAAGGGACAGCCAUGAUGGCUAUGGGGUCAAGCUCGGCAUUGGCUCCCCGACGCUUUGGCGGGUGCGUGGGCCUGCAAGAUGGAGGCGUGUCCUCCAUGGUUGGCGGGCACGACUUUGUCAUGGAGGUCAUCACCGAGUACGUCUCCAGAGGCUUGGACCCGGACACCCUGGCGUUCACCCAGACAAAUAAGAGUUUCCUCUUCGGUGGAGACCACCGAAGUCUGGCCGACUGGAGUGUUCACCUACCUGUGUGGAUUGGGGGAACCAAGGGUCGCAUCCGGUGCUUCCUGGUGGAAGGGACAAUGCCCAUCCUUAUUGGCCGACCCCUCCUCAAGGAGGACGAGCCCGCGAUCAACCUCCUGGACGACCAGGCUCAGGACAUCAGGGAGAAUGCCAACCUGACCCCAGCCGUCGAGUGCCCUGUCUACAGCGGCUCUGGGAACCUGGCGGCUGCCAUGAGGCAGUACGGGUUCCAAACCCGAACCUUCGACCUGUCCGAGUGGAAUUUUGAGGACGCCAGCCAGAGGCGUGCGUUCUUCGAGCUUCUGGAGAAGGAGAUGCCACAUAUCGUGUGGCUGGCGCCACCGUGCAUUAAGUGGUCCCCCCUGCAGAACCUCUCCAAGAGAACCCAGGAGGACCUCGAUGUGCUCCAGGCGACGCGGGACUACGAGCACCAUACCCACCUCCUCUUCGUGAGGCGGGUCUUCUUGAGGAUGGCUCAGUUGGGUAUUGCGGUCAUCGAACACCCGCAGAACUCCAAGGCCUGGAGCACACCGGCACUAUACGAUCUUGGGCUGGAGGUCAUUGUUGACCAAUGUGCCCUGGGAGCAGCUCUACCUGACGCCCAGGGCAACAUGAUCCCGAUCAAGAAGACGACGAAGCUGGUUGUGAAUCACCAGCUGCUGACGGAGACCCUCGGCGUCUACAGGUGCGACGGCACUCAUCGACACCAGACCCUGAUGGGAUCAGUGUCAAUGAUCGGUUCCAGGGCGAGGGCGGCUGGAGUAUAUCAACCCAAGAUGUGCAGCUUCUUGGCAGAAGCUCUACAAGGAGCCUAUUACGCCCAUUUUAUCUACGACAACUCCACGGCGGAAGAAGCACUCCCUGCGUCGGACAUCGACAUGGAAGAGUACGAGCCGUCCGAAGGACCACCGCAGGACGACGACUUGUAUCCGCCCAAGACCACGGGAGACCUGACUGACCUCGAUCUCCCGACCAACGCCGACAUGGAGGCCGAGUACAACUUCGGAAGGGGCCGAUCGAAGAGAAAACCAGAUCCACCACAAUCAGAUUCUACUUCCGCACAUCCCAGUGCACAACCAGAUCCACCACAAUCAGAUUCUACUUUCACACAUCCCGGUACACAACCGGAUCCACCACAAUCAGAGUCUACUUCCACACGUCCCGGUGCACAACCAGAUCCACCACAAUCAGAGUCUACUUCCGCACAUCCCGUUGUACAACCUGAUCCACCACCCGCUGACGCCCGAACAAUCGAGACCUACGUGUCAUCUUGGCGCAGAGUGGAGCUAUUGGUCGAGACUGCGGAGAACUACCAAUGCCCCGCGUGUCGAAAGCUGGCACCUCCCAUGUACAGGUUCCAUAAGACAACCCUGCGCACCACCUUCCGCUUCAACGAAAGGUUGCUCUCCGACACCGUGUGGCUGCAGGUUCUGGACAAGACCAUCCCGGUGAUCACCAUGAUGGAUGCAGCAACGCGCUAUGUUGCCGCUCGAGUGAUUCGACGUGAGACCUGUUCUGAAAACCUGCAGGCCCUCGAGAGAGGCUGGAUCCGAGUGUUUGGCCCUCCAAGGACUCUGUUCGUGGACAGCCACAGAGCGUGGGGAAGUGAUGAGGAGUGUUUCUACUGGCGCGAGGCAGCCGGAACGGGUCCGGAACAUCCGCCCACCGUCUACUGGCUGGUACUCAUCCGUGCAGCCCCUGAGCAUGUCCGCCCGGACUUGGAGUCGGACACCCUAGCUGGCAGCCGAUCCACACCAUGGUGCAAGUACCGCGGCACCGCAGGUUCCGACGAUGAGGCCAUGGAUGAUGACGGACAAACUUCGUUCAAGAUUUUGGCACGCCACCGACAAGAUGCACAACAAGCCUUCUACACCGCCUCCAAUGGUGCAACCACCCAUGCCGGCACCAAGGAGAAGAGGCAGAAAGAUGCCAAAAGCAAUUUGAGCGAAAGAACCAUGUCUUUGGCAGACAAGGUGUCGUUCAUACAGGCGAAGAAGAAAGAACUGGAAUCGUUCUUUACGAACCACGUUUGGGAAUUUUCGAGCGAGGCCGAGGCACCGGCGAACCGAGUGCUCAAAGCCCACUUCAUCUUGAAGUGGUCCAAGCACCCAGACGGGAGCCCCUGGGCGAAGGCGAGAUUGAUAAAGACAAGGCUGGGAAGGACCACUCUGAUGUCACUGGCCUCCCUGCGCUAUUGGAAUACCUUCAUCGCCGAUAUUACCACGGCUUUCUUGCAAGGGAAAGAACACCCAGCCUCCCGGACGUUGUGGAUACGACCCCCAGCCGAUGCCCGAGCCCUUCUUGGCAUCUCGGACCCUCGGGUCCUAAUGAGACUGCGGAAGCCAAUGUAUGGGCUCUGCGACGCACCGCGGGCAUGGUUCGAGGAAGCAUCCGGGAGGCUGCUUUCCCUCGGCUUCGUCAAGCACCCAUUGGACGCAUGCCUCUUCCUGCUGUUCGACACCGAGUUGAGGUUUCUCGACAACCCGACGGCGGACUGGCGUGUGGACACGGAGUACAUCAACAAGGUCAAGCCCAUUGCCUUGGAGAGGAGCCGCCAAGCCGACACGGACAGCCCUGCCACCGACAAGGAGAAGACCCAGCUUUGGGCGUUGGUGGGUGCACUACAGUGGACAGCCACGCAGACCUCCCCACAUCUACAAGUGCACACCUCGAUGCUGGCAGGAGAAGUCCCAAAGGCCACGGUGGCUACCAUAUUGGCAGCCAACAAAGCACUGCGCUUUGCCAAGGCGAAUUCGGAUGUGCAGCUCCUCUACCCGCCGCUUGCGGACAACAUGGAGGACCUCGUCUUCAUCGCCUACUCAGACGCGUCCUUUGCCAGCCGUGCUGACAUGUCGAGCCAAGGAGGCUACUUGGUCUGCCUGACGCGCAAGUCAAUCCUGGAUGGAGGUAUCAGCAGCUACCACCUCCUGGAUUGGAGGUCAUUUCGACUUCCGAGGCCGGGUAACUACCGGAUCACCAGCGACGAGCGCUGUUUCCAAUGGGCCAGCGAGAGCCUCCUCGUGAUUGAUGCCAAGUGCCUCUACGAUAUCCUUCACCGCGAGGAACUCUACGUCUCCAGCGCCGCAGACAAGCGAACGUGCCCGGAGGCCCUAGUGACCCGGGACAAGCUGAAGGAGAUUGGUGGUAGUGUGCGCUGGGUGUCCUCGGCGUGCCAAUAUGCGGACGGCCUCACCAAGGACUCUGCGACCCAGCUCCUUGCGGAUCGAUUGAAUCGAUUGAGGACACACCAGCACAAGAUCACCGCGGACGAGACCUACCAGGCCAGCCGAAAGAAGGAUGCCAGUGAACGAGCGAGGAGCGCAAACCAGUUCGCGCGGCCCAAG